ACCUUUUCUCGGUAAACAGUGGCGUAUUUCAUCAAAGGCGCACCUCCGCUCUCCUCUCGAGGCAUCAUUGACUGCUGCUCCAUGCUUCUCCUUCUCCAGGUUUGCUUUCCCGAAGCUAAACGCCCCCUUACCCCGCGAAAGGAGCCUUGGUGGAGGAUACAUAGGAGGGGACGCUGUCGAGGACCGCAAGCUCAACCUCUAGACAUAGCUCGUCUGUCGGUAGCGCAUCCCGGCCUCUCAUUGCUGAACCGAGUUCGACCCAGUCUAAACAUGGAUCGCACAUCGAAAAGUUCCACCGACGAGCCACAGAGCUCCGUGGAGCCGGACGCCAUCGAGGCCGGACAGGCCGUCAUCGAUGUGGAGAAGUUGGCGACACAGGAAAGACUGCUGGUCAGCAAGCUGGACCGGAGUAUGCUGCCCAUUCUUUUCCUCAUGUACUUCAUGAACCACAUUGAUCGCAAUGCGCUGCCCCAAGCAAGGCUCGACACCCUCGAAGAGGACCUGGGUCUGCACGGCUGGGACUACAACGUGUGCAUCUCCGUUUUCUUCAUCGGCUACCUGCUGAUGCAGAUCCCAUCCAACAUGUUCAUCACAAGAGUCCGCCCGUCUAUCUAUCUGUCAAGUUGUAUGCUAGGCUGGGCAUGUCUAUCCGGGACGACCGCCGCCGUGAGGGACGCCAGGGGCCUCGCAACCUGUCGGUUCUUCCUGGGCUUCGUUGAAGCGCCCUUUUACCCGGGCGCCCUCUACCUCCUCUCCUCCUUCUACACCCGGGACGAGCUCGCGGUCCGCAUCGCCUUCAUGUACAUGGGCCAGAUCCUCAGCUCGGGCCUCGCCGGCCUCGUGGCGGCGGGCGUCUUCAAGGGCAUGCACAACGUGCUCGGCCUCUCGGGCUGGCGCUGGCUCUAUGCCGUCGAGGCCUCCGUCACCGCCGCCGUCGCCCUCCUCGGCUACUGGCUGCUACCCGACUCGCCCGCCCACACGCGCUGGCUGACGGCCGACGAGCGCGCCCUGGCCGUCGAGCGCGUCGCCCGCGACCGCGUCGCCACCACCACCACCACCGCCGCCGCCCACACCAACCCCCAGCGGCAGCAGCAGCAGCAGCAGCAGCAGGAGGGCGGCGCGACGGCGGCGGCAGCGGCACCGUCCGCGCUCGACGGGCUCUACCAGGCCGCGGGCGACCCGCGCACCUGGCUCUUCUGCCUGAUGCAGAACAUGCACGUGUCGGCCUGCACCUUCAACAACUUCUUCCCCUCCAUCGUGCGCGCCACGCGCCUGGCCCCGGACCAGACGCGGUCGCUGCUGCUCACGGCCCCGCCCUACGUCGUCAGCGGCCUCGCGAGCGUGGCGCUGGGCUGGUCCAGCGGCCGCCUGCGCGAUCGCGUCCUGCACACCACCGCCGGGCUGGCGCUGGCUAUCGCCGGCUUCGCGCUGUCGCUGGGCACCGAGAGCACAGCGGCGCGGUACGCGGCCACCUUCGUCUACGCCACAGGCGCGUACGCCGUCGGGCCCGUGAUACUCGGCUGGGUGGGGAGCACGCUGUCGCAGUCGCACGAGAAGCGCGCCGUCGCCUACGCGCUCGUCAACGUCUCGGCCAGCGUCGCCGCCAUCUACGGCGCCUUCCUGUGGCCGCAAGAGCACGAGCCGCGCUACGUCCUGGGCUUCUCGGCCACGGCAGCCUUCGCCGGCGCCAGCAUCGUCUGCGCCUGGGUCAUGCGGGCGUGGCUCAUCAGGCUGAACAAGCGGCUCGACGAGGCCGAGCGGGACGGCGCGGAGCCGCUGCAGCGGUAUGUUUACUAACGGGGGCGGUUCUAGGAAAGUAUCCGAGUGCCUUGAGGGCAAGCGCGGCGUUUGGCGUCCGGGGAAGAAGGAUGAAGGAAAGCCUCGAGGGUAGAAAGAUGAUGGAACUGGAAAUGGAAGUUUUUGCGUGGUCUGGGUUGGGAAAUAUUAACUUUGACCCAAAAUUCUAUUCUAGAAUAUGGAAGAAUUUGAAGCAUACGUGCUGCCAUUUACACACACGACGCAGCUCUAAAAAUCCAAGCUCCAUUUCCU